ACUCACAGCUUCUCUUCACCACAUUCCCAGCAGAAUCCCAGCAUCCAAGCAGUGGCGAACGCAGGAAAUUAAUGACCAGCGGGAGGGGCUUCUUCCUCCUCUCGCCUCUCCUCUCCUUCUUCCUCCUCCUCAAAUUUGUAGUGGGGGUUUAGGAUGGCCUCCAUAGAAAUCACGGUGGUAGCUAGGGGGGCUCGAGCCCCGCCCACCCCACCGCUAGGUCCGCCACAGCACCCAAGAGCAGAAUUAAUGGCAGAUCCGGAGGCGAUGGAAUACCAGCUGAAGAAGUACCUGCUGCUGCUUGCCACCCUGGUGGCGACGGUGACCUACGCGGCGGGGCUCAACCCGCCGGGGGGUUCCUGGCUGGAGGACGACACGUCGGGAGGGCACUGGCACUUGGCCGGCGACUCCAUCCUCCGGAAGACCGACUACAUGCGCUACAUCGUCUUCUACUGCUUCAACGCCAUCUCCUUCGCGGCGUCUCUCAUUGUCAGCCUCCUCCUCCUCCUCUUGCACCAGGGCGACCGGGGCUGGCUGCUCAAGCUCACGCGGGCGGUGAUGAUGGUCGACCUGAUCGGCCUCAUGGGGGCCUACGCCGCCGGAGGUAGCCAUGACAAGUUCACCACCAUUUGCGCCUCCGUCCUGGUUGGCGGCACCUCCGCCUACUUGAUCUUCGUCGUCCCCAUCUUUAUAUUUAAAGAAGGCCAGGAAGCAUCGUCGCACAACCGCGACGAGCAAUCCAAGCAUGAGAUGUUGUUGGUGCUCGCCAUCUUCGUGGCGACCAUCGCCUACGUGGCAGGGCUCAACCCACCCGGUGGCUUCUGGCGGAGCAUGCAGGACGGCCACCACACUGCCGGCGACCCGGUGCUGCAGGGCUUGCAUCCAAUCCGCUACAAGUUCUUCUUCUUCAGCAACACCGCCGCCUUCGUCGCAUCGCUGCUAGCUAUCACCUUCGCUGCACUCUACGAGAAGUUUGAACUCAAGGCUGUUAAGGUUCCGCUGUAUGUGCUCAUCAUCACGGCGAUCUUGGGCCUCGGCGGCGCCUACGCCGCUGGGAGCUGCAGGGACAGCAAGCACACAGCCUAUGUUCUUGCCCUAAUUGGCCCAGUUCUUGGCUGCAUCGUUCUCCAACGGUUUCUUGCCAUCAAGCUGGAAGGUCGCUUCGGUUUUGAUAAUAACGGGUCGGGGGGCAGCGGAGAACGUAAUGGUCUGGAGAAGCCUCGUGAAGUCAUUCAGUUGCUUGCCACUCUUGCGGCGACGGUUGCUUACCAAGCAGGAGUGGAUCCACCUGGUGGCGUCUGGGCUGACAGCGGGGAGGGCCACAUCGUAGGAGACCCAAUCCUCUUGACGACGCAUCCUGGGCGGUACAGGGUCUUUUUCUACUUCAACUCAGCGGCUUUUGUGGCGUCCCUGGUCAUCAUGGUGAUGCUGCAGAGCAAGCGCCUCGUAAGAGGACACGCGCUGGAGGCGGCCAUGAUCCUGGACCUGUUUGGCCUCAUAGGCGCGUACGCCGCCGGAAGCAGCAGGGACACAAGCACCUCCAUCUACACGCUUGCCAUUGCUGGUGGUGUCCUUGUCUAUGUGGUGAUCCACAUUGUCUUCACACUACACCCCAGUAGUGAAGAUAAGAAGAGUGAUGAAGAAAAGAAGCAGGAGAAGCAGAGUGAGGAAGAAAAGAAGAAGGAGGAUCAGCUGGAGAAGAAGCGUGAGGUGCUGCUGCUUCUUGCAAUCUUGGCUGCAACACUCACCUACCAAGCUGGCUUGACCCCGCCCGGUGGCUUGUGGGAGAAUGACAAGUUUGGGCACCGCGCUGGCUUCCCAGUCCUCCUAGACAAGUACCCUCGCCGUUACAAGGCAUUCUUCUACUGCAACGCGGCGAGCUUCAUGGCAUCCGUGGCUCUUAUCGUCCUCCUCCUCAACCGAAACCUGUAUGGGCCGGGCAUCAAGUGCUACGCGCUCUUAGUCUGCAUGGUGGCCGGCAUGUUCGGCCUCAUCGGUGCCUACGCUGCCGGAAGCUCCCUGCAUCUGGGAACCUCCAUUGUUGACCUGGCAUUGGUUAUUGGGGUUUUCGCCAUCGUAGUCUAUGUGGCAAUCAUCCGCCAUCGUCAGCAAACACAAGGUGCACAAAGGACGACGACACAGAAUCAGCAAGAGGAAAAGAAGAACGAAGAGUUCGACAUGAUGAUGGCCAAGUACCUGAUGCUGGUAGGAAUACUGGCUGCCAGCGUGACCUACCUGACGGGCCUGAAACCACCGGGUGGCCUGUGGAGGGAAGACGGCGCUGGGCACGAUGCCGGCAACCCGGUGCUCUACGACGCCGACAAGCAUCGGUACAACGCUUUCUUCUACAGCAACUCCACUUCCUUCAUGGCUUCCAUCACCGUCAUCGCCCUCUUGCUUUCGCGGAUGAUACUUGGAAGCAACAAGCCUCUUUGGCCCAUGCACACCGCCAUGCUGCUGGACAUGCUCGCCCUCCUGGGAGCCUACGCGGCAGGCAGUGCUCGGGACUGGUGCACGUCCAAGGAUGUCGCCCUGCUUCUCUUCCCUAUACUGGGCUUCGUUUUGCUGCUCUUCUUCUGGAAGAAACAACCACAACCUCAACCUGACCAACAUGGACAUGCUCAACACUGAUCUAUCUGCUGUUAUUGUUGUGAAUCGUUUUCUGCUUGUUUGCUUUAAUAAUCUGUAUAAUAAUGUUUUUAGCAUACUUUCUAAUAAAGUUGGAAUCCAAGGUGUGUGCACAGAUGUCGAGUUGUUUGCCCCCUUAUGUAUUCUUUCUGUAUUAUUGCUAUAUAAGAGAAUAUACUGAACAAAAAAAAAUUCUACGGAUGUCAUUAUGUGGAACCAAA